AAACGGCUAUUGAAAACAAGAAGGCGAAAGGGUGGAAGCAGUGUCCAGGAUCCAGGCGGCCAGCCCCCCAAAAGUGAAGCUGCAUCUGGGAGGUCUCCCACUCAACCUGACUACCUGGGGCCAGACUGUCCCCCCCCACCUCCUCCCCCCACUCCCAACGACCCCUCCUCCUCCAAAAACAACUGCCAGAAGGGUCAGUACGACGGUAACCGAGAACAGAAGAAGGAGGAUCUCACAGAGGAGAUCAGCUCCCUCCGAGAGAAAGUCAUGAAGCAGUCGGAGGAGAACAACCUGCAGAACCAGGUCCAGAAGCUCGCAGAGGAGAACAGCAACCUGUGCGAGCAGCCGGAGCCGGAGCCGGAGCCCGAGCCCGAGCCGGAGCCAGAGCUGUGUGGUGCCGCAGCGGCUGCUGCCCCACCGACCCCCUGUGAGGAGGAGUGCCCAGAAGAAGAUGUGCCUGAGAAGUUCGAUGGCAACCCCGACAUGCUGGCCACCUUCAUGGCGCAGUGCCAGCACUUCAUGGAAAAGAGCACCCGUGAUUUCUCCGUGGACCGCGUCCGCGUGUGCUUCGUCACCAGCAUGAUGACCGGCCGCGCCGCCCGCUGGGCCGCUGCCAAGCUGGAGCAGUCCAACUACCUGAUGCACAACUACCCUGCCUUCAUGCUCGAGCUGAAGCACGUGUUCGAAGACCCCCAGAGGCGGGAGGCUGCCAAGCGCAAGAUCCGACGCCUGCGCCAAGGCAUGGGGUCUGUCAUCGACUACUCCAAUGCUUUCCAGAUGAUCGCCCAGGACCUGGAUUGGAACGAGCCUGCCCUGAUUGACCAGUACCACGAGGGCCUCAGUGACCACAUUCAGGAGGAGCUGUCCCGCAUGGAAGUUCCCAAGUCACUCUCAGCACUCAUCAACCAGUGUAUUUACAUCGAGAGAAGGCUGGCCCGAGCUGCCUCAGCUCGCAAUCAGCGCUCCCCACCCAGAGUGCUGACCGUGGUGCAAACCACCAGCCACCACCAGGUAGAUCCAACCGAGCCGGUGGGAGGCGCCCGCAUGCGCCUGACCCAGGAGGAAAAAGAGAGGCGCCGAAAGCUCAAUCUCUGCCUCUACUGUGGAAAUGGAGGUCACUACGCCGACAACUGUCCUGCCAAGGCCUCCAAGGCUUCGCCAGGGAAACUCCCCGGCCCCGCUGUAGAGGGACCAUCAGCGACCGGGCCGGAACUAAUAAGGUCCCCACGAGAAGAAGUUUCAACUCCACACCUGCAAGUGAUGCUCCAGCUUCACGUCCCGGGCAGACAGACUCUGUUUGUCCGAGCCAUGAUUGACUCUGGUGCUUCUGGCAAUUUCAUCGAUCAAGAGUAUGUUCUCCAAAAUGCCAUACCCGUGCGCAUAAAAGAUUGGCCAAUACUUGUGGAAGCGAUUGAUGGCCGCCCCAUAGCAUCGGGCCCAGUCAUCCACGAAACGCACGAGAUGAUUGUUGAUCUGGCUGACCACCGCGAGGUGCUCACCUUUGAUGUCACUCAGUCUCCUUUCUUCCCCAUCGUCCUGGGGGUUCGCUGGCUGAGCCUUCACGAUCCCAACAUCACCUGGAGUACCAGAUCAAUUGUCUUCGAUUCUGAUUAUUGCAGAUUCCACUGCCGGAUGUACAUGCCUCUGCUGCCUUCUCCUCCUCUGGCGCCACAUCCGUCCAUUUACUACCCUGUUGAGGGAUACAGAGUUUAUCAUCCAGUGAGAUACUACUAUCUUCAAAAUAUCUACACUCCAGUAGAUGAAAAUGUUUACCCAGAUAACCAAGUACCUGAUUGCAGUGUAGACAUGAUUCCAGGAGCCCACAGCAUUCCAAGUGGACACAUUUACUCGCUGUCUGAAUCUGAAAUGGCUGCUCUGCGAGAUUUUGUCGCACGGAAUGUCAAGGAUGGGCUAAUCACACCAACCAUUGCACCAAAUGGAGCCCAGGUCCUCCAAGUGAAGAGAGGAUGGAAGCUGCAAGUUUCUUAUGAUUGCCGAGCUCCCAACUGUUUCACCAUCCAGCAUCAGUACCCUCGGUUGUCUAUUCCAAAUGUAGAUGACCAAGCCCACCUGGCCUCUUAUGUUGAGUAUGUGCCACAAGUACCCACAUACCCACCAUACCCCACCUAUGCGACGUACCCGACCUACCCAGUAGGAUUCGCCUGGUACCCAGUGGGAAGAGAUGCACAUGGACGUGCAUUAUACGUACCUGUUAUGAUCACUUGGAAUCCUCAUUGGUACCGUCAGCCUCCCGUGCCUCAGUACCCGCCGCCGCCUCCGCCUCCGCCUCCACCGCCGCCCCCACCACCUCCUCCACCUUCUUAUGGCAGUGUGUAA